AAAUCUGAUGUAAACAAACGGUGUUGUAACUCAGCUGGGCUCUAGUGUGCUGCGGACCGAAACACGCAAAUUACGCUCCCGCAAGAUUCACGCACUGGAAAACGGCGUUCGGUAGGCGGAAAACCAUGGCCACCCUUUUACCGAAGCCCGUCGAUCCGGAGGAGGCGGCGGCCAAGCAGAACAGCGCCACCAAAACGGAGGGCAUAUUUUUCCCCGGCUCCGAUCUGGACGAGGUGGCCAAACAUUUCAUCGGUAACACUCACCGCUAUCGGGAAAACAUCAUCAUACCGAAAAUGUACGGCGUGGUGCAGAUAAAAACCAACGAGGAAAAGCUGGUGGAAGCCGCCUUCGAGAGCUGUGCGUUCAAAUCGUUCAUGAGCUGCGUGCUCGGGUACGGGUUGGGCGCGGCCAUCGGGCUGUUCAGCUCGUCCGUCAAUCCGAGCAUUGCCGAUCCGAUGGCGGGCGAUAAGCAGCAGACGGCGAGGGAAAUUUUCCGCGAAAUGCGGGCAGCGACGCACUCGUACGGUAAAAACUUUGCCGUCAUCGGGGCAGUGUUUGCGGCGGUCGAGUGCGCCAUCGAGUCGAAACGCGGCGUUUCCGACUGGAAGAAUGGUACCUACGCCGGAGCGGUGACGGGAGGAUUGAUUGGCCUAAGAGCGGGAGUCAAGGCUGGAAUUAUUGGAGCAGCUGGUUUCGCUGCGUUCUCCACGGUUAUAGAUUACUACAUGCGACACAGAUAAAUGCAUACCAAGCAGUGCAUAAAGCAAAUAUUUUUAAAACGUUGUAGACUUUCAGGCAUAAUAGGCAUUACGGAAUAUGGAAUAAAAUAGAUCCCUACCGCUAGCCCGAA